AUGGUUCCUCAGAAACUCAAGCAUCGUGUGACCCAGCAGUCCCACUUCUGGUUGAUGGACGCCCAGAAGGACCAGAAGCAGAGAUUUGAGGCCUUUGCACACCUGUGUUCACAGCCGCGUUUGCUCAGUGGCCAGAAGAACCCAUUCCACCUACAGCUGCACUGGGCCAACCCCCUGGAGACGCUGCUGGACGUGCUGGUGUCUGUGCUGGAGGUGCACGCCUGGGAGGACGUCGGCCUGGUGCUCUGCCGUGUGUGGGACUCCGGUGGCCUUGUGGCCCUCUGGACAAGUCGGGCUGGCCGGGCCCCCAAGGUCGUGCUGGACUUGAGCCGACCGGACACAGGGGACGCAGGGUUGCAGGCCCGCCUGGCCCCGCUGGGGGUGCGGGCCGGAGGAUGUCCGCGGCCGCGCGCCGUAUGCGAAGCGGCCACAGCCCGUCGGGUGCUGGAGGCUGCGCCCCGUGGGCCCGGCUGGCUGCUGGGCACGCCGCUGCCUGCUGAGGCACUGCCCACCGAGGGCCUGCCCCCCGGGCUGCUGGCACUGGGCGAGGUGGCUCGACCCCCUCUGGAGGCCGCCAUCCAGGACGCAGUGGAGCUGGUGGCCCGGGCGCUGGGCAGUGCAGCCCGCACGCAGCCAGAGCACGCCCUCCUGCCUACUGCGGCCAGCUGCCAGGACCCGCAGCCGGGCGGGCCCAAGGCCACCAGCCGCCUCUUGGCCCGGUUCCUAGGCAACACGUCCUUCGAGGGCCGCACGGGGCCAGUGUGGGUGACCAGCUCCUCGCAGGUGCACGUGGCCCGGCACUUCCGGGUGUGGAGCCUGCGCCACGACCCGCUGGGCGCCCCGGCCUGGGCCACCCUGGGUAGCUGGCGGGACGGGCGGCUGGAGCUGGAGCCAGGGGUCGCCGCCGUGCGGCCCCCACCCCCACAGGGGGCCGGGGCCCGGGCCAAGCUGCGCGUGGUCACGCUGGACAUGGCCUUCGACUUCGAGCUCUACAUCGUGGGCGACGGCAAGUACGGCGCCCUGCGGGACGGCCGCUGGACCGGCCUGGUGGGCGACCUGCUGGCCGGCCGGGCCCACAUGGCGGUCACCAGCUUCAGCAUCAACUCGGCCCGCUCGCAGGUGGUGGACUUCAGCAGCCCCUUCUUCUCCACCAGCCUGGGCAUCAUGGUGCGGGCGCGGGACACGGCCUCGCCCCUCGGCGCCUUCACGUGGCCGCUGCACUGGUCCAUGUGGCUGGGCGUCUUCGCGGCCCUGCACCUCACGGCGCUCUUCCUCACGCUGUACGAGUGGCGCAGCCCCUACGGCCUGACGCCCCGCGGCCGCAACCGCGACACCGUCUUCUCCUACUCCUCGGCCCUCACCCUCUGCUAUGCCAUCCUGUUCGGGCGCACGGUGUCCAGCAAGACACCCAAGUGCCCCACGGGCCGUCUGCUCAUGAACCUGUGGGCCAUCUUCUGCCUGCUCGUGCUGUCCAGCUACACGGCCAACCUGGCCGCCGUCAUGGUCGGGGACAAGACUUUCGAGGAGCUGUCGGGGAUCCACGACCCUAAGCUGCACCACCCGUCCCAGGGCUUCCGCUUCGGCACCGUGCGGGAGAGCAGCGCCGAGGCCUACAUCAAGAAGAGCUUCCCCGAGAUGCACGCGCACAUGCGGCGCCACAGCGCGCCCACCACGCCCCGCGGCGUCGCCAUGCUCACGAGCGACCCCCCGAAGCUCAACGCCUUCAUCAUGGACAAGUCGCUCCUGGACUACGAGGUCUCCAUCGACGCCGACUGCAGACUGCUCACCGUGGGCAAGCCCUUCGCCAUCGAGGGCUACGGCAUCGGACUCCCCCAGAACUCGCCGCUCACCUCCAUCCUGUCGGAGUUCAUCAGCCACUACAAGUCCUCUGGCUUCAUGGACCUGCUGCAUGACAAGUGGUACAAGAUGGUGCCUUGUGGGAAGCGCGUGUUCGCUGUCACAGAGACCCUCCAGAUGGGCAUCUACCACUUCUCGGGGCUCUUUGUGUUGCUCUGCCUGGGGCUGGGCAGCGCCCUGCUCAGCUCGCUGGGUGAGCACGUCUGCUACCACUUGGCACUGCCUUGCAUCCGAAGGGCCAACAGGCUGCAGUACUGGCUGCACACGAGCCAGGUGAGGGGCGGCUGGUGGCUGGCGGGCACAGGCAGCCUGCUCACCCGACCCGACCCUGCCCAGCCUCCGUUUGGUUCACAGAGAAUCCACCGUGCCCUCAACAUGGAGCGGCCGGAUGCGCAGGAGCCCCAACCGAGGUGCGGGGCCCCGGAGUCGCUCUCACCCCGCCAGCUCCCACAACCGCCCUCGGGUCAGCCACUUAGACCUCCGCCUCCAUGUCCUUUCCCGGAGGGCUGGACUGCUUGGUCCACACCUCCCACCACCAGGGCCUCCUCAGGGACCCUGACCCGAGGGCAGAGCAGGGCCGUGGGUGAGGCGUGGCUGCUCUUUUCUCGGGGAACACUGCUCCAGUCCCAUUCAUCCUCCGUCUUCAGGGGUCCGGAGGAACAAGGGGACACGCCAGUCGCCCCCGCGGGCCCCGGAGGCUGGACACGGGUGCGACGGGCCGUGGUGAGGGAGCGUCGCGUGCGCUUUCUGCUGGAGCCAGCCGUGGCCGCUGCUGCACCCACCGGGGACACGGACGCGGAGGAGGCUGGGCCGACCGAAGACCCCGCCUGGCUCUGCUCCAACGGCCAGCCGCCCGCUACCCACGGGCUCGCGGGUGAGCUGGAGGAGCUGGAGCGGCACAUCGCUGGCGCAAGGGCGCGGCUCCGUCGAGCGCUGCGGCGGCGCGGCGAGCUCCUGACCCAGCUCCGGGGCGGAACCCGCGAUCGCCCGCUGCGCCUGCUCCAGACCUGCGCGGAAGCGGCCGCCCCGUGACGCCUCCACCAACAGCGAGGGCGGUGGCCCCGCCCC